AUGUCGUUGGAGGAAGCAUUUGCCAAGCUCUGUGUAUCCGCUCAAGCGGAUGCUGUGGCUAUCAAGUCAUUGGUUUUCAAGCCUAAAACGCCCAAGUCUGCGGCACCCGUCCCAAUUGUUGUGGUCGCGCUGCAAUGUACGUCAACCAGUCCAGCUAUAAUCGCCAGCGCAACUGGUACUAAAGAACCUCGCUUGGCGCGCGACGAACUCUUUGCAUCACACUUCAAGUGUGGUUCGGCCAAAGAAUUUCAUCUUGGUAAUUUGCUGCAAGCUACUUCUGAAUUCAAGCUGGUUAUUGACGAUGCUUUCAUUAAAACCCAGGAUUCUCAAGUGACACAACUCAAUGAAGAAAAGUUCGUUGUCAAGUCACAGCUGGCCGAGUACUUGGAGCAGUUUAAUCCUCAAGUGGUGGACUUCUCUCAAGAAGCUCCAAAGAAGCAAGAAAACAAAAAACCUUCUCCCUCAGCUGCCGCUGUAAACCAAGCCAAAUCCGCGGCCCUAGAUGACGCCAAACUAAUAGGCAUUACAGUCGACAAAAAGCUAGACUUCUCUGGGUGGUAUCAACAAGUCUUAACAAAAGGUGAAAUGCUCGACUACUACGACGUCUCCGGUUGUUAUAUUUUGAGACCCGCCUCUUAUGCUAUUUGGGAGGUCAUUCAGAAAUGGUUUGACGAUAAAAUCAAGGCAAUUGGGGUUGAAAACGCAUACUUUCCCAUGUUCGUGUCCGCUCGUGUGCUGGAAAAGGAGAAAGAUCACGUCGAAGGUUUUGCUCCUGAGGUUGCAUGGGUAACUAGAGCCGGCUCUUCCGAGCUUGAAGAACCCAUUGCGAUCAGGCCAACCUCUGAGACCGUGAUGUACCCAUACUACGCCAAGUGGAUCCAGUCAUACAGAGACUUGCCUAUUAAGUUAAAUCAGUGGAAUUCUGUAGUAAGAUGGGAAUUCAAGCAUCCCCAACCCUUUUUAAGAACUAGAGAGUUCUUGUGGCAAGAGGGCCACACGGCUCAUUUGACUAAACAAGACGCUGAAGAAGAGGUUUUGCAAAUUUUGGAUUUCUACGCUGGCGUUUAUGAGGAACUGCUAGCUGUCCCUGUUGUUAAGGGAAAAAAGACCGAAAAGGAGAAAUUUGCUGGUGGCGAUUUUACGACAACAUGCGAGGGCUAUAUUCCCCAAACCGGUCGUGGUAUUCAGGGUGCAACAUCCCAUCAUCUGGGUCAAAACUUUUCCAAGAUGUUCAAUAUUAGUGUAGAAAAUCCAUUAGGCCCAGAACACCCAAAGGUGUUCGCUCAUCAGAAUUCCUGGGGUUUAAGUACUCGUGUUAUCGGUGUCAUGGUUAUGAUUCACUCGGAUAACAAAGGUCUCGUAUUGCCACCUAGAGUUGCUCAAAGGCAGUGUGUUGUAUUACCUGUUGGCAUUAGCGCGAAAACUACUGAUGAACAAAGAGCUGCUAUUCAUCAAAAAGCUAAAGAAGUUGAACAGCGGCUACGCGCUGCUAACAUCAGAGCUUUUGGUGACUACAACGAUCAUUACACUCCUGGGUGGAAGUUCGCCCAGUACGAACUAAAGGGUAUUCCUUUACGUUUGGAAUUUGGUCCUAAGGAUAUGGCUCAAGAUCAAAUUUUAGUUGUCAGAAGAAACGACAACCGCAAAUAUACAGUGAAACUAAGCGACUUAGAGUCUCGCGUACCAGAGAUUUUGGAGGAGAUGCAAAAAGAUCUGUUCUCAAGAGCUAAAGAGCUAUUUGACACCCAUAGAGUUAUGGUAGAUGAAUGGAAAAAUUUUGUUCCAGCCUUGAACAAAAAAAAUGUCAUUGUCUCUCCAUGGUGUGGUGUCACCGAAUGUGAGGAGGACAUCAAGGACUCUUCAGCCAAGAGAGAUGAUGGCGAGGAGUUUGAAGCUGAUGAGAAGGCUCCAAGUAUGGGUGCUAAGACGCUAUGUAUCCCCUUUGAGCAACCCAAACUCAGAAAAGAUCAAUUGUGUGUUAAGUGUGAGAGGAAAGCUAUCCAGUACACCAUGUUCGGUCGCUCUUACUAG